AUGGUGCUUCUCAAACUCAAAGCGUUGGUUAUAGUGACCACGUUAAUUGCCUCGAUAAUUGGUAGUCCAAGUCCGAAGUACCCGAAACCUGACUUCAAUAUCACCGACUUCGUAGAGACUCAAAUCUUAGAGGAUCCUUCUCCGUACGACUUUCCUAUCCUUCAAAAUGGCAGUCUGGCCGAUAGUGGUCAAUUCCCUAUGCCACUAUGCAAUGGAUUCAAGCUGGAAGAAGCUUCCAUUGACCAAUUGCAAUCGGCUUUGACGAAUGGGACCUUGACUUCGGUGCAGAUCGUUCUUUGUUAUUUAGAGAGGAUUUACCAGACGGACGAAUAUAUCAAGGCUGUGAUGCAGAUCAACCCUGAAUUUAUCCAGAUAGCUUCUGCACUUGAUCAUGAACGCAAACUAGGUAAUCUCCGUGGACCAUUACACGGCAUACCAUUCCUUGUGAAAGACAAUAUUGCUACGAAGGACAAAUUGGAAACCACUGCUGGUUCUUGGAUGUUGCUUGGUUCCGUCGUUCCUCGUGAUGCUCAUGUCGUGAGACGUCUUCGCCAAUCUGGGGCUAUUCUAAUGGGGCAUAGCACUCUCAGUGAAUGGGCUGACAUGCGCUCGAAUUCGUAUUCCGAAGGUUAUUCAGCCAGGGGUGAACAAUGUCGAUCACCAUAUAACCUAACUACUAAUCCUGGAGGGAGUUCGUCGGGGAGUGCUGUAGCAGUUGGCGCAAACCUUAUUAGUUUUACCCUGGGCACUGAAACUGAUGGAAGCGUUAUCAAUCCUGCUGAGAGAAAUGGUGUCGUUGGUAUCAAACCGACUGUUGGCCUUACUUCGCGUGAUGGUGUCGUUCCCGAAUCUCAUAACCAAGAUACCGUUGGAUGUUUCGCUAAAACUGUCCGAGACGCUACUUAUUGCCUAGACGGAAUUUACGGCACCGAUGAUCGUGACAAUUAUACUCUUGUUCAGGAAUCCCCAGCCGGCAGCUACUCUCAAUAUCUUACCAAUAAAACUGCCCUUCAAGGAGCCGUUUUUGGGCUGCCCUGGCUCAGUUUUUGGAAAUUCACCGAUUCGAACCAACGGUUCCAACUCCUGAAUCUCAUCUCUGAGAUAGAAGCCGCUGGCGCCACGAUCAUUAAUGGCACCGAACUCCCCUACUGGCAAGCCAUCAUUUCCCAAGAUGGCUGGGAUUGGGAUUAUGGCACUACUCGCGGGUAUCCAAACGAAUCCGAGUACACAUAUGUAGCAGUCGAUUUCUACAACGACAUUGCGAAAUAUCUCGCAGAUUUAAAUAACACGGAUAUCCGCACCGUCGAAGAUAUCGUCCAGUACAAUAUCGACAAUGUUGGAUCCGAAGGCGGUCUGCCUGAUAUUCAUCCCGCUUUCAAAUCGGGGCAAGAUGGCUUUCUAGCCUCACUCGCAACGGGUGGUGUCAUGAAUGAAACAUACUGGGAAGCCCUCAACUUUUGUCAUCGCACAACCCGUGAAGACGGAAUAGAUGCCGCUCUACAUCAUAACGGUACUCAGCUCGCCGCGCUGUUGGUCCCGCCGGACGUGGGUCAAACUUAUCAGAUUGCCGCGCAAGCGGGAUACCCGAUGAUUACAUUACCGGCAGGCGUAAGUCCAAUUGAUGGAAUGCCGUUUGGAUUGGCAUUGAUGGGCACGGCUUGGAGUGAGGCUAGUUUGAUUAGGUAUGCGAGUGCGAUUGAGGAUUUGCAGCAGAGUUUAGUGGGGUUGAAACAGAAGAGGACGAGUCCGUUGUGGUAUGAUUAUAGAGCCAAAAACGUUCCUAUCACGUAG